AUGGAGAGGAGGAAGGUCAGGGGCCGAAGGCUCUUUGCCGGAGGAAAGGCAGAGCCUGCAGAGGACACGGCUUCGGCUGCAGCGCCGGCUCCGCAUGGAGGGCAGGAAGAGCCUGUGAAGGAGGGAGCCCCGACUGCUGCUCCAGCUCAGCACGGAGGGAAGGAAGCGGCAAGGGCAGAGGAAGAGGCCAACAAGCAGAAGCAGCCCGAGGGCUCGGAGCCAGCGCGCCCCGUCCUGCAGCAAAGCCUGAGCUGCCCCGCGUCCUGCCAGAGGGGCAAGUUCGGAGAAGUCCACACGUGCACGGAGAAGCAGACGGGGCUCAAACUGGCGGCCAAAGUCAUCCGCAAACAGGGUGCCAAGGACAAGGAGAUGGUGCUGCUGGAGAUCGACGUGAUGAACCAGCUGAACCACCGCAACCUCAUCCAGCUCUACGACGCCAUCGAGACGCCGCGGGAGAUCAUCCUCUUCAUGGAGUUCGUGGAGGGCGGCGAGCUCUUCGAGCGCAUCAUCGACGACGACUACCACCUGACCGAAGUGGACUGCAUGGUGUUCGUGCGGCAGAUCUGCGAGGGCAUCCGCUUCAUGCACCACAUGCGCGUCCUGCACCUCGACCUCAAGCCUGAGAACAUUCUCUGUGUCGCUGCUACCGGCCACAUGGUGAAGAUCAUCGACUUUGGGCUGGCUCGAAGGUACAACCCUGAGGAGAAGCUCAAGGUGAACUUCGGCACGCCGGAGUUCCUGUCGCCGGAGGUGGUGAACUACGAGCAGGUCUCCUACGCCACGGACAUGUGGAGCAUGGGCGUCAUCACCUACAUGCUGCUCAGCGGCCUCUCCCCCUUCUUGGGUGACAACGACACCGAGACACUCAACAACGUCCUGGCUGCCAACUGGUACUUUGACGAAGAGACCUUCGAAAGCGUCUCUGAAGAGGCCAAGGAUUUUGUGUCAAAUCUCAUUAUCAAGGAGAAAAGUGCCCGCAUGAGCGCUGGCCAGUGCCUGCAGCACCCGUGGCUCAACAGCCUGGCCGAGAAGGCAAAGCGCAGCAACCGCCGCCUCAAGUCCCAGGUGCUGCUCAAGAAAUACGUCAUGCGGAGGCGCUGGAAGAAAAACUUCAUUGGUGUAUGUGCUGCCAACCGCUUCAAGAAGAUCACGAGCUCGGGGUCACUGACGGCGCUGGGGGUCUGA